AUGGCGUCAAAACUAGUGUUCCUUGUCGCGCUAGCAGUGUUGUCGCAGGGUGUUAUCGCAGCACCUGCUCCCGAACCGUUGUUUGGUAUCGGUGACAUCAUUGGCGACGUCAUCGACACCGUUACUAAUAUUACAUCCGAUGUGAUCGAUGCAGGAGAGACAAUUAUCGGUGACGCUGUCGAUGAUGUAAUCGGAGCUGGAGAAUCAAUUGUCGGUGGAAUCGUCAACGUUACAUCUGAUGCUCUCGACAACAUCCAGGAUGGUAUUCAGGAAGUGCAGUCUGGAGUUCAGAACCUGACCGGCGAGCUGACGUCGGAGGCGCUGGAGCAGGUGACGCAGCUGAUCGACGCCAUCCAGAACGACGUGCAGCUGCUGCUCAACAUCGCCAGCGGCGCCACCAACUCCACGCUGGACGAAGUGCGCCAGCUGGCCGACGAGGUGGUCACUCUGCUCAACGAGCUGCAGGCGGUCGCCGGCGAGAUCGGGUCCGACGCUCUCGACGCCGUGGUCGCCACUGUCAAAGGGACGGUGGAGGGAGUGCUGGACCUGGUGAAGGGCCUGCUGCCCUCUGGCGACGACGGAAGCGGUGACGCCACCACUGUCGCUUCCGACAACGCGGCGUGAGGUCCAGCAGCUGCAAACGUGUCCGUAGAAACGGCCGCACUCCAUUGAUUUUCAGUCGCUCACUGUAUUCAUCGAUUAAAAGUUUUCAGCAAUCAG